GCCGAGUUCCACGAAUCGGCGAGCAUUGCCGUUUUCCCAAGAUUGCGACGCCAAUGGCACACGAAGAUCGCCUAUGAUGCUCGACAGAAUAAGACCAAGUAACCCCGGCGGUCCCUGUCUCACCUUCACUCCUGCAGAGGCAACGUCACUCGGUCUCCUGACGUACACUGAAGUGUGUGCUACGCAGCCUUCAGACGGCCUGUUUUGACGAUGGCGACGCUUUUCCGCUUCCUCAUUCUCCUGCUCGCGCCCGUCUUCGUCGUCGCGGAGACGGGCAUCGACGCAUGGCUGCGCUACGCACCGUACCCCGGCGCAGCUGGGCACAAGGCUUUUCUGCCGCAGACGAUCUUUGCGCUCAACACGACCACCACAAGCCCCGUCUACACGGCGGGCACUGAGCUUGCGCUGGGCCUCAAGAGCAUCUACGACCUGCAGGCGUCUGUCGAGUAUCAGGACGCUCUGCACUACACGACUUGCCCCGGCAAGCACCUAAUUGUCGGCACUCUCUCCAGCUAUGAUGCCAAGGCGCACGGCGUCAGGGUCCCCGAGCUGAUCGAGGACGGCUACUUCCUCGACAUCACGCCCAGGCGAGUCCUCAUUAUCGGGCAGAAUGAGCGUGGUGCGCUCUAUGGCGCAUUCGAAUACCUGAACAGGCUCGGUCAGGGCAACGUCGCCCCCGCGUCCUUUGCGUCGAACCCUGACGCGCCAAUCCGAUGGGUGAACCAGUGGGACAACAUGAACGAGGGCGGGACACACGGCAGCAUCGAGCGAGGAUACGGCGGCGUGUCCAUGUUCUUCUGGGCGGGCGUCGUCCGCGAGGACCUGACACGGGUGCACCAGUACGCGCGCAUCCUCGCGAGUGUGGGCAUCAACGGAAUCGUGCUCAACAAUGUCAAUGCCAACGCGAGUCUCUUCAACGAGAACAACCUCGACGGCCUCAAGCGCAUCGCCGACAUCUUCCGCCCCUACGGCAUCCGCAUCGGCCUGUCGCUGCUCUUCUCGUCCCCGCAGUCGUACGGCGGGCUCAGCACGUUCGACCCCUUGGACGAGCGCGUGAUCCAGUGGUGGCACGACAUCACCGACAAAAUCUACGCGCGCGUCCCCGACUUCGCGGGCUACCUGUCCAAGGCGAGCUCCGAGGGCCAGCCCGGACCGCUGACGUACAACCGCACCCUCGCCGACGGGGCGAACCUGUUUGCCCGCACGGUCAAGCCGUACGGCGGCAUCGUGCUGUUCCGGGCGUUCGUGUACGACUCCAAGACGCUCAACCAGACGCUCGACUGGAAAGCGGACCGGGCCAACGCGGCGGUCGAGUUCUUUGAGGGGCUCGACACCGAGUUUGCCGACAACGUCGUGGUGCAGAUCAAGUACGGCCCGAUCGACUUCCAGGUCCGCGAGCCCGUGUCGCCCUUGUUCUCGCACCUCCGGCAGACGCCCAGCGCCGUCGAGCUCCAGGUCAGCCAGGAGUACCUCGGGCAGCAGGCGCACGUGGUGUACCUGGCGCCCAUGUGGAAGGAGACGCUCGACUUUGACAUGCGGAUCGACGGGAAGCCGUCGGCGGUCAAGAACAUCAUCAACGGGCAGCGCUGGAACACGGGCCGCGGGGGCUACGCGGCCGUGGUUAACGCGGGCCUCAACAGCACGUGGCUGGGCAGCCACCUGUCGCUGUCGAACCUGUACGCGUACGGCAAGCUCGCGUGGGACCCGGAGAGCUCGGCCGAGGAGCUGCUCGACGCGUGGACGCGGCUGACCUUCAGCCACGACCAGGCCGUCGUCGACACGGUGCGCGAGAUCUCGAUGGCCUCGUGGCCCGCGUACGAGGACUACUCGGGCAACCUGGGCGUGCAGACGCUCACCGACAUCCUCAACGGGCACUACGGGCCGAACCCUGCGUCGCAGGACGGCAACCCGUGGGGCCAGUGGACGCGGGCGGACGGCUUCAGCAUCGGCAUGGACCGCACGCUCAAGAACGGCACCGGCAACGCGGCGCAGUACCCGGCCGAGGUGGCCGCCACGUACGAGGACCCGGAGACGACGCCGGACAACCUGCUGCUGUGGUUCCACCACCUGCCCUACACGUACCGCCUCAAGUCCGGGUCCACGGUGAUCCAGCACUUCUACGACGCGCACUACCGGGGCAGCGCGGUCGCGCAGACCUUUGUGACGCUCUGGGAGGGCAUCAAGGACAAGAUCGAUGCCCAGCGGUACGAGGAGCAGCUGUUCCGCCUCGUGUACCAGGCGGGCCACUCGCUCGUGUGGCGCGACAGCAUCACCAACUUCUACUACAACAAGUCCGGCAUCCCCGACGAGCUGGGCCGCGUCGGCAACUACAAGUACCGCGUCGAGGCCGAGGACAUGCAGCUCGACGGCUAUGUCAAGUACCAGGUCAAGCCGUUCGAGUCCGCGUCCAGGGGGUGGGCGAUUGUCACGGCCACCAACGCCACGCAGGGCACCGCCCGGUACACCCUGGACAAGGUCGAGACGGGGAAAUACGACGUCGCGGUCAACUACUUUGACCAGGCGAUCGGCAACUCGACCUGGACGCUGUACCUGGGUGACGAGACGGUGGGGCAGUGGAAGGGCGACUUUGAGUACAGCGUCGGCAAGGCGGCGACCAUCUACAUUGACGGGCAGACGGCGAUCCGCAAGACGUUCAAGGGCGUGCAGGUGCAGAAGGGCGUCGAGCUCAAGAUUGUGGGCCGCCCGGAUGGCAAGGAGCCGGCGCCGCUGGACUAUAUCUCGAUCCUGCCGGAGGGGACUGCCGACUGAUUAAUGUGUGGCAGACUUUGGCAGAUGCAAAUUUAUGUGACGGGAUGACCUGAGUA